UGUUUUGAUCUUUUUGUAGGUGAGAAACCUUUUAAAUGUGAACAGUGCAGCUAUGUAGCAUCUAAUCAACAUGAAGUGACACGGCAUGCAAGGCAGGUCCAUAAUGGACCCAAACCGUUAACUUGUCCACACUGUGAAUACAAGACAGCUGAUCGCAGUAACUUUAAGAAACACGUAGAGUUGCAUGUUAACCCACGUCAGUUCAUGUGUCCUGUUUGUGAAUAUGCUGCAUCUAAAAAGUGUAACUUGCAAUAUCACAUCAAAUCUAGACACCUUGGUUGUACUGCAAUCACAAUGGAUGUAUCCAACGUCAAACUGCGGUCAAAAAAAGGGGAAGUAGAUGGUAAUGCUUGUGAUGAAAAUAAACCUGGUUUAAAUGACAAUUUAAACCUAGACGGCAAAGAAAAACAAAUUGAUAAAAUAGUACAUGUAGAAAAAAAGGAGAAAAUUAGAAAGGGCAAAAAACAAGUUGCUGUUUCUUUUGCUGGACAAGUAAAAACAAGAAGUUUUAGGUCAUCUGUGCGGAAUAAGCUAAAAUUGGCAAAUGAGAAGGGUUCUGAGAAAUUAUCUAAGGAUAAACAUGGCAAAAGAAUAAAUGGGAUAUCUGCAAAAAAAAUUAAGAGGACUGAUGCAGGAGGAGCCAAGAUUAAGAAAAAGAAAUUGGUACCAAGAAGCAAACACUCUAGAGUAGCGCUUAAAAAAGAGAUUAAAAGUGUAUCAUCGCAGAAACAGAAAAUGUGUAUACAAAGUAAAAGGGAGAUAAGAGAUUUGAAAAACAAGCUAAGGAAGAAAACAAGCAAACGUGAUUGUAUGAGUAAGUGCCAAGGAAAACAAAUUAUACUUGAACUUGGAACGGACACAGACAACCAAGUUAAGCAACAGAUGAUUUUAGAACAUUUAGCUGAGAUGCCUGACAUGAUAAAUUCCAGUGACAAUACUCAGAAUUCUCAAGAUACUCCAGAAAUAGCUACCGGUAUAGUGGAUAUAUUAGAGCAAGGUCCUGGGGAGAAUCUGCCUGAAGAUGUACCAAACAACAUAUGUGUUGAAAGCUCCAAAUGUUUAGUAUUAAGUGAGAAGCCGAAAGACUCUUUGACUAACAAACACACUAACAGAAAUGGACAAAAUAAUGAACAUAUUGUUAAUACUAAGGUUAAUCUAACAUGUAAAUCACAGAAAGAAAUGGAUAAGCCUGAAAAUAAUUCUAAAUUGGGUGAAUCCAUAGAACCUUUUCAAUAUUUAAAGCAAUUAUCUGUUGAAUCCACAGAACAUUCGCUGUAUUUAGGGCAAGUGUCUAUGGAAUCUGCAGAGCCUUCUAAAUGUCUGGAUGAAUUGCCUGUUGGUUCUGUAAAGCCUUCUCAGUGUCUGGGUGAAUUGCCUGUUAAAUCUGCAGAGCCUUCUCAGUUUCUGGAUGAAUUGCCUGUUGAAUCUGCAGAGCCUUCUCAGUGUCUGGAUGAAUUGCCUGUUGAAUCUGCAGAGCCUUCUCAGUGUCUGGAUGAAUUGCCUGUUGAAUCUGCAGAGCCUUCUCAGUGUCUGGAUGAAUUGCCUGUUGAAUCUGCAGAGCCUUCUCAGUGUCUGGAUGAAUUGCCUGUUGAAUCUGCAGAGCCUUCUCAGUGUCUGGAUGAAUUGCCUGUUGAAUCUGCAGAGCCUUCUCAGUGUCUGGAUGAAUUGCCUGUUGAAUCUGCAGAGCCUUCUCGGUGUCUGGAUGGUUUGUCUGUUGAAUUCACAGAGCCUUCUCCGUGUCUGGCUGAAUUGCCUGUUGAAUCUGCAAAGCCUUCUCAGUGUCUGAAUGAAUUGCCUGUUGAAUCUGCAGAGCCUUCUCCUUGUCUGGCUCAAUUGCCUGUUGAAUCUGCAGAGCCUUCUCAGUGUCUGGAUGAAUUGCCUGUUGAAUCUGCAGAGCCUUCUCAGUGUCUGGAUGGUUUGUCUGUUGAAUUUGCAGAGCCUUCUCCUUGUCUGGCUCACUUGCCUGUUGAAUCUGCAGAGCCUUCUCAGUGUCUGGAUGGUUUGUCUGUUGAAUUUGCAGAGCCUUCUCCUUCUCUGGCUGAAUUGCUUGUUGAAUCUGCAGUGCCAUCUCCGUGUCUGGCUGAAUUGCCUGUUGAAUUUGCAGAGCCGUGUCUGGCUGAAUUGCCUGUUGAUUCUGCAGAGCCGUCUUUGUGUCUGGCUGAAUUGCCUGUUGAAUCCACAGAGCCAUCUCUGUGUCUGGCUGAAUUACCAGUUGAUUCCGCAGAGCCGUCUCCGUGUCUGGCUGAAUUACCAGUUGAAUACGCAAAACCGUCUCCGUGUCUGGCUGAAUUGCCUGUUGAAUCCGCAGAGCUGUCUCUGUGUCUGGCUGAAUUGCCUGUUGAAUCCCCUGAACGUUUUCAGUAUACAAACAAAACUACUGAUUCCACAAAAAUACAAAAUCCUGACAAAGUACCUAUUGAAAAUGGUUAUUUUUUUAAACCCCCAAGUCAGAGUGAUUCAGUUUCUGAAUCUGUAACAGAUCAAACCAAAAAUUUGCACACACUAUGUGAAGAGCAACAAAGGAAAUAUAAGACUACUAAAGCAAAAACUCUUAAUAUAAAUAAUAACUCAAAAGAAAUUCUGCAUUCUCAAUCUGCAUUUAGUUCCUCAAAUGGUGAAACUGUUGAUGUGGAGGAUGAUGAAGGAAUACAUAGCCAUGACGGCAGCGAUAUAAGUGAUAACAUAUCAGAAAGGAGUGAUGAUUCUGGGUUAAAUGGGAUGCCAUCAGUACAAACUAAAGAGAUUAAAGCUGCUGAAUUGUCCCUGAGCUCUAUGGAAACAAAUAUUUCUAAAGACAGAUACGUAUGUAUUUUUUGUGAUCGUUCCUUAAAAGAGGUGGACUAUACAAAACACUUAAAACGUCAUUUGGUUAAUGUGUAUUAUUUAGAAAAAGCUGCAAACGAUCAGACCUAAAAGGUUAAGAUUGGUAAAUUUGAUUUGUAGAUCUCAAACUUGUUUCAGAGUAAAAACAUGUCUAUAGUUUUCUCUGCUGAUCCAGAUUUGUUAUUUUUGGCUAUUGGUAAUGGAUUUCCAUCAGUGUUUCAGUAUUUACAUGUUUUUUUAAAAAAAUAUAUGCAAUUAUUUUGAAUCUUUUAUUUAAACAUUUCCUUUUUUUUUUUUUUUCUUCUUAAAUAAAACAUCCAGAUAUCUUA